AUGGGGGCCACGAUGUGGCCUGAGUCCGACUUCUGGACUAUCUAUCGCCAACUGUUCUCACUGGUCUUUCUCUCGAACUUGGCCAUCUUUAUCUUCGUUCUAAUUCACGAUCGCAGCAUUGUCCGCGUGGCCGAUGCGGCAGCUGCAAACUUCCUGGCGUGUGGGCUCGCCCGCCAGCCCUUGAUAGUGAACAGCUUCUUCAUCACACUGUGCUCGAUCCCCAAGUCAUUACCCUUGUGGCUGCGACGCAUCGCUGCCAACAUCUACCACUAUGGCGGGGUGCACAGCGGAUGCGGAAUUGCCUCUCUUCUCUGGUACGUCGGGCUGGUGGCAUUAAUGACCCGCAACUUCUGCCUCGCAGCAACACACUCCGUGGCCUCGAUCAUCUCUCUCAUUCUUUGCUACCUCAUCCUUGUCCUCCUCCUCACCAUCAUCGGCGUCGCCUACCCAGCCUUCCGGGUGCGCUACCACAACGCCUUCGAGCUGACCCACCGAUACCUCACCUGGGCAGUGGUAGCCCUCUUCCUGACUCUGCUCAUCGUCUUCGCGAGAGCCAGGUCCCCUCAAACCCAAGGCGACUUCCUCCUGCAUCUCCCAGCCUUCUGGUGUGUGUGCAUCUCCGCCCUGGCCAUCAUCCAGCCCUGGACGCGCCUCCGCGCAAUCCCCAUCCGCGCCGAAUCGCUCUCCUCGCACGCCCUCCGCCUGCACCUCCCAGGCACCACGCACUUCGGCAAAGUGAUCACACUAUCGCGCCACCCCUUGCGAGAUUGGCACAGCUUCGCCACCUUCCCAGACCCGCCGUCUUCCUCAACCUCCCCUUCUCCCUCCUUCUCCGUCGUCGUCUCCCGCGCAGGCGACUGGACCGCCGACCUCCUCGCGCACCCACCCAUCAAACUCUACACCCGCGGCACCAAGACCUACGGCUUCACGCGGGUGAUGCGCCUCUUCCACCGCAUCAUCCUAGUAGCCACAGGCAGCGGGAUCGGCCCGUGCCUCGCCUUCCUGGAGGACGCGCGACGGCCGGCCAUCCGCCUGAUAUGGCAGACGCGGGCGCCGCUGAAGACGUACGGGGCGGAGGUGUUGGCACUGGUGCAUCGGCUGGAUCCGAGUCCUGUCAUCGUUGAUACGGAUAAGUGUGGGCGGGUUGAUAUGGUUCCCCUUGUCCACGAUUUGGAGCGCGAGGUGCGCUCUGAGAUGGUCUGCGUGAUCAGUAAUCAGCGGGAGACGGAGAGGGUGGUUUGGUGCUUGUGCCGGGAGGGUAUCGCUGCUGUGGGGCCUUUGUUUGAUUCUUAG